AGCCGCGAGGGAAGAAGAGGGGAGGAGCCUUGCUGUUCUAUCUGUCAAAGACGGAGGACUCCCUGUUUCCUCCGUCUCAUCCGACUUCGCAAUGACUGCUCACAGCUUCGCGCUGCCCAUCAUCCUCUUCUCGAUCUUCUGGGGGCUCGUGGGAUUCGCGGGACCCUGGCUCGUGCCCAAGGGACCCAACCGAGGAGUAAUUAUUACUAUGCUGGUUACCACUGCUAUUUGCUGCUACCUCUUCUGGCUUAUAGCAAUCCUAGCCCAGGCCAACCCACUAUUUGGACCUCAGCUGAAGAAUGAGACUAUCUGGUAUGUGCGCUUCCUGUGGGAGUGACCUGUACCACUGCAGACUGAUCCAACAGGCUUCUUUCUGAUGAUAGCUGCAGCUCCAUCUCUUGUGUCCUCCAGAACCAACCCAAUGAAUAUUUUGCAGCCUCAUGUCCCCACAGCAGUAGAUCGAAGAGCACAUUAAGGGACCAUUUUACAUGUUCUACUAUUCUCUUCCCUGUUGUUCUUUACUGAUGCAUCUUGAGGGGGUGGGGAUCUACCCUUGAUUUCAUUUUGUAACUUGUCUUUCUCCCUUGCCAGCUGAUUAACAUUUUGCAUUCUGUAAGUCUUGUGAUCACCAUCAAGGCAGAGUGUUCUGAUAUCCCCUUGCCCAAGACACAAAGAUCCUUCCUUACCUUUAAAUGAUACUAGCCUACUAGUCCAUCUUUGUCCAGUUCUGCAGAGGCUACUGGGUUAGAGCGCAUUCGCCUAGACUUCCCUCUUAUUCUUAUUUUAAAUACUUAUACCCAGCCCCUUCAAUACACUAUUGCUCGGGGUGGCUGCUCUUCUCCUGUAUUAUGAGAGUCUAUAUGUAUUUAUGUGGUGUAAACUUGUAUUGUGAAAAUAAAGUUUUUAGAAUGUGA